AAGAUAUCUUUGAUCGUUUCUGGUUUGUUGUUUUCCGCGCGACGGGCACUGUGUGUUAUCAGAAUCAGACUAACUAUCAGAGAUUUCCGAAGUUCCGUCUUUUCGACUGAUAAACGAACUGCCGCCCAUCACCGAACGAUAAACGGUUUUUUUGAGACUACAAAUUCAUCAUCGGUUUAUGUCGGCUGUCGUUCCGUCCACGUCAUCGAAGACAAUGGACGGAGACAGUGAUAGAUCUAUGUCUUAUGAAGAAAAGUUAUUAGCCAAGGAAAAUAUAGAACUGAUAUCAGGAAACGAUGUCAAAGAGGAAUCUUUGGAUAAAAAUUUAAUGUUCCGUAACAUUUUUAAAUGUCUACGCUGUGAACUAACUUUUGAGAAUGAACACCAAUUACAUAAUUGUGUAGCAUUGCCACUUAACAUAAAUAAACAAAAGAAAUUAAAGCGAGUGUUCAAAUGUUCACAAUGUGAUAAACAUUAUCUCUUUCCAUCGUUAGCCAUGCUCCAUUUGAAACGUCAUCAAAAAUACUUGGAAAGGAAAAUAGAGAACACAUGUGAUGUUUGUUUUGCCAAAUUUGAAUCUGCAAAAGAAUUAAAAGACCACUUUGAGGUGAAACACAAUAUUAUUCAAUUUCAAUGUAAUAUUUGUGAUAAAUUAUUCAAACAAGCCAGGAAUUUACAAUAUCAUAUGAUGAGCCACUCCGGAGACAAACCAUUUCAGUGCGAGUUGUGUGGACACAAAUUUACUAGGGCCGAUCAUUUGGUCAGACAUCGAAGAGAUAAUUGUGAUCAAAUGGAAUUUGAAUGUGACUUAUGUGGGAAAAUUUACAAUACUAAAAGAGGUAUAAGAACGCAUUUGAAAGUUCACUAUGACAGUCCAAAACCUGGUGCCAUAUGGGCAUUAUAUACAGAAUCUGGACAGAAAUAUUAUGAGUGCACAUUAUGUAGUAAAACGUUUACUCAAUUUUCUAGAUUCAAGGAACACAUACGAACUCAUACUGGUGAUAAACCUUUUGAAUGUCAAAUUUGUAAUAAAAGGUUUACUUGUCAUUAUAAACUUAAAAUGCAUGGUGAUGUACAUACAAAUGAUAGACCCUUCAAAUGCAAUUAUUGUGAGCUCAGUUUCAAAAAUCGAAGGUACCUUAAUAAACACAUGCACAAACAUGAUGGAAUCAAAAAAUAUCAAUGUAGAAUUUGCAAUAAAGAUUUUCAAUGGUACAAUAGUCUGAAAUAUCAUAUGUCCUCACACUCUGGUGAUAAACCAUAUGUAUGUAUUGAAUGCAACAAGUCUUAUUCACAUCUUAGUACCUUAGUAGCUCACCAGCGGACUCAUAGCGGUGAAAAAAAUUACGAAUGUCAAAUUUGCAAUAAAAGAUUUAGUCAUUCUAACACAUUAAAAAAUCACAUUAUUACUCAUAGUGAAGAUAAGCCAUUCAAGUGUCAUCUGUGUCCAGCUCAGGUUUCUACAUGUGCAUCGCUUAAAAUACACUUGAAUACGCAUGGUGGAGAUUAUCAAUGUAGUGUUUGCGGCAGUACUUUUAUCCAAUUAUCUAAUCUGAGGUAUCAUGAAAGUAAGGUUCAUGGCAAAACAAAUUUUUAUGACUGUGAAAUUUGUGAUGAAAAAUUCACUUCAAAAUCGCAAAUGAAUGAGCAUUUAAGACAUGAUCAUCACAUUCAGUUCACAAAAACUGUCACUGUGUAUGAUGUUGAAUUUAUACAAGGUCUCUAUAAAGAUUGAUAAUAUUGUAUCAAUGUAAUAAUUUAUUUUAUAAAUAUAUCAAGUAUUUAAGAAAAUGUUGAUGGCCAAUAAUCAAUGAUAUUUUUAAAUGUUAUAUUAUUUCACAUUAUGUAGUUAAAUUAGAAAGUCGAUCAUUAUACCUUUUGUCGGGGUUGACUUGAUAGCAGUGUAGUUGCAUAGUCCCUUACACAUUUAAAUUUUCUGUGCCCAGCCUGAAAACUUAACUAUGAGCAUUCAUGGCUGGUUGAAACAUAGUUACACUGUUGAUACGUAUAGUCAAUUUUUAAUAAUUAGUUAUUACUUAUUACUCAUUAACUAUUAUUAUGCAAUGUCAGUUUUAUUAACUAUUUGUUUAUUAUUUAUUUCUGCUAUGAAUUGGUUCUUGAUUGUCUUGAUUAAAUUGUAUUCAUCCAGUCAACC